GUGUUAGCAGUGUCGCUCUGUUAGUCACAUUGUAUCAAACGUUUAAAAAGAAAUUGUAGGAAGAUCUUCUAUAACAUCUAUUUGUGCCAUGGAAUAUUGGUCGAUAGUAUUAUCGAUAGUGAUUGGUGUGAUCAGCAUUCAUUACCUUUUUAAAAAUUUUAAUUUUUUUAAAAGAAAUGGUAUUAUACACUUAUCUCCUCUUCCAUUAUUCGGAUCCACGAUAUCGUUGAUAUUCCGUCGAAUAUCAUUCUUCGAUUUUAUGAUGAAGAUAUACAAUUUCAAUCCAAACGCAAAGUAUUAUGGAUUGUAUUUCACGACAACUCCAGUCUUCUUGCUUCGCGAUCUCGAAUUCAUUAAAACCGUUCUUGUUAAAAAUUUCGAUGCAUUUCCAAAUCGUCAUGGUUUCGCCGAUUUUAACGAUCCUUUAUUUGAAAAAAAUUUGUUUUCUCUUCGUGAAGAAAAAUGGCGAAAUGUGAGGAAUCUGUUGAGUCCCUCUUUUACUUCCAGCAAGAUGAAAAUGAUGUUUACGUUGAUGUCGGAAUGUGCUGUGGAUUUUGUAAAAUUUAUAUCGACAUCAGCGGAUGAAGAAAGUAUAAAUACGAAAGAUGUUUUCUCAAAAUAUACAAACGACGUCAUCGCUACAUGUGCGUUUGGAAUCAAAGUCAACUCUAUGCAGGAUCCAACAAAUAAAUUCUAUGUUUAUGGCAAAGAGGCGAGUAACUUCAGAGGGUUCAUCCGCGGUAUAAAAUUCCUUUUUCUUGGAACUUUUCCAAGAUUCAGUCGAAUUCUCAAUAUAAAGAUUUUGGAUGAUUAUGUGUCGAAUUUCUUCAAGGACAUUAUAAAAACUACAAUCAUGACUCGUGAUGCGGAACACAUUACACGUCCGGAUAUGCUACAAUUAAUGAUGGAUAUCAGAGGCAAAGAAGGUCACAGAGAAUUAGACAUCGACGACAUGACUGCGCAAGCAUUCAUCUUUUUCCUCGGCGGUUUUGAGACCAGUUCAACUGCAAUGUGCUAUGCAGCUCAUGAAAUUGCAGCUAAUCCAGAAAUUCAGACCAAAUUACAACAAGAGAUCGACAACGUUUUAGAGAAAUCAAACGGCGAAGUGUCUUACGAAGUCAUUAAUCGGCUGGAAUAUUUAGAUGCGGUGAUAAAUGAGGCUCUUAGAUUAUAUCCACCAAUGAUACUUUUAGAAAGAUUAUGUGAAAAAACUUUUGAGUUACCACCCGCAUUGCCGGAUGAGAAACCUUUUAUCAUGAAGAAAGGUAUGCUUGUUUGGAUUCCUGUUCUUGCAAUCCAUCAUGAUGAAAAGUAUUACGACAAUCCGAAGAAAUUUGAUCCAGAAAGAUUUUUAAACAACAAGAUGAACAAUUCUUUGAAUUAUAUGCCAUUCGGAUUAGGACCAAGAAUGUGCAUAGCUAAUAGGUUUGCCAUGCUGGAAAUUAAAGUCUUGUUCUUUCACUUAUUAGCGCGAUGUGAGCUCAAACCUUCUGCAAAAACUACGUCCCCAAUACAAUUUUGCAAAGAUUUCAUAAUAAUGCCGAAAAAUGGAUUUUGAUUGAAUAUUCAGCGUAGAAAAAAUAUGCAUCCUGUAUUGGAAUCUAUUCCUGUAGUAAUGGAUAAUUAAGCCUCAGAAAACAUUUCAAAUGAUAAUAAUGCACAUUAUAAAAAAUUACAGU